AUGGCCCUGCGUACGUUUGGUUUUCGUUUUGCAUCUUACCCCAGCUUAUGUCGUGAUUCCCGCGUACCAAUCCACCCUCUAACGUCGACCUCGUGCGAUAAAACGACUCGCUCUAUCCCUGUACCUACAUCCGGACGAUCUUCAUAUUGUCAUCCCACCACGGCCACACUCAACCCUUUGGCGCGCUCGGCUGACUCGACCUCCAGUCCCAAUCUGCCCGCGCCUCCGGAACACACCCCACCCGAAGCUGCCGAAGCUAUGCAGAUGCCCCCCCUCCUCUUUUCGCUGUUCGGCCUCCCACUCGAGGGCUGA